UUUGAAAUGAGAAAACGAAAGAAAUCAGUCAACAACUAGACAGUUCAGUGCUCACUGUCAAAAUCAAAUAGAACUACAUAACCAAACUUUUAUUCGAACGUAUAUUCCAAUCGCUGAUAGACUCAAAAUAAUAAGAAAAGAAAAUGUUUCAGAGUUUGUUAAAAAUCCCUCAAAAUUUGGGAGGUUUGUUGAGAUCAAAGCAAUUCCCACUCGUCACACCGUCGCAUUUCAAAGGAUCAUCAACGAAUCAAAAUAUUAUCGAUGGGAUUGCAGGGAACGACAUCGCUGGUAAUGAACAAAACGGCAACGCAGACGAAACGUUCACACAAAUAUUCUUGAAGAAUUAUGAUGGCGAUAACGAAACGAUAAAAUUCGUAAAAAUGAAUCCCAAAGUGAUUAUAAAAGAAUUCAUCUUAAAGGAGCAACGAAAAAAUUAUCGUGAAGGCGAUACAGUUUAUUCAACAGAAUUGAAUGGAUUACGUGGAAUAAUCUCUGGAAAAUAUCCAUACUUGGCUUUGUAUCAAUACCAAUUGCCAGAUUCGCCGCUGAAAGAACUUGUUUCGGAAUUAUCUAACGCAAAUUUUGAUCGAAUAUACAGAUAUCUUCGAGCUGUGCAUAUGAUCGAUUCUACUGGAAAAUUGGCACUUCAACAACUGUAUCGAUUUCAAUUGGGCCAUUAUAUUUCACAGACUAAUUCGCUUCCGGAUUUUCAUUUGAAAAUGCCCGAAUGCUUUGAGCUAACUAACACGCAACAUUGCAAAAAACUAUUUGAUUUAUUUAUGGAAUCAUAUGAAGAAACAAUUCCGAUGGAUUAUCAGGAUUUAUUGUUGAAGGAGAAACCAGUUAAUAAAGUGAUCGUUGGGUCCCAUAAAGAUGAUAUAUUUGCUGAAAAGAUUUUAAAUUACGUUGUACAAAGUUACGGGAAAUGAUGCAGAUUGUCGAGCAUGAUGCAAUAAAAUGUUGUAUUUUGUAAUUGUAAAUGAAGGAAUAAAAAAAAAAUCAUUUAAUUCCA